AUGAGUCACAAAAAUGUGAUUCAGCAGAUCGAACAGCAUGUGAAGAACGCGCUGGAGGGCAACGACGCGUCUCACGACUGGGCGCAUAUUGCGCGCGUUCGCGCACUGGCACUUCGCAUCGCCCAGGAUGAGCAGCUUUCGGAGGCCCAGGUCUUUGCCGUGGAGCUGGGGGCGCUGCUGCAUGACGUCAGCGACUGGAAAUAUGCGGAGCCCGGGGCGGACACCCAUGCACUGGCGUGCGCAGAGGUCCAGGCGCUGCUGCCGCCCCUGGGUGUGGACCAGCCGACCAUAGACCGCGUCUGUGAGAUCAUCACUCGGAUAGGUUUCAAGGACGAGCUGCCAUCGGCCAGCGGCGCGGCCCCCGCCGUGGCUUUGAGCUUGGAGGCGCGGGUCGUGCAGGAUGCGGACAGGUUGGACGCCAUUGGGGCCAUUGGCAUCGCCCGCUGCUUCACGUUCGGCGGCCGCUUCGGCCGGCCGCUGUACGACCCAGAACAGCCGCCGCGGCCGGCCGAGGCUCUCACGCGGGAGGCGUACAUGCAGCAGCACUCGGCCGCCGAGGCGCCCGCCAACGAGGGCGGCGGGGGCGGCGGCACGGUCAAGGGUAAAGGGGGCGCCGCGACGCUGAACCACUUCCAUGAGAAGCUUCUGACCCUCAAGGGCCGCAUGAAGACGGCGUCUGGGCGCGCUCUCGCGGAGGGGCGCCACGCGUUCAUGGAGGCCUACCUGGAGCAGUUUGGGCGCGAGAUUGCAGGGGACGCGUGA